CACUGUCAUUACCACAAUGGCAAAGAUGAACACAGGCAUCGCUUAUGUUAUCUUGACCCGGCGGCCAUCUCUGCAAUCUUUUGGCCGCCGGCGCCCUUGCGGGGUUGCUAUCAUCAUCACCAGCAAGACAGUUUCACCAUGCCGGAUGGCGGGCUCAACCGUGGGCUUCGACGGUAUCGUCGAUGGCUCGGACAUAAAUUGGCAUCAUGUCUCAUCUCUACAAUUCCCAAGCAGAGCAACACUGCAGUCUUGGUUACACCCUUGCCACCAUGACGCUCCACGAAAGAAUCAAGUCCAAAACCACCAGGCAAGGUUGGGUUCUACCUCGUCAGACCACUUCCUUUGCCGACCCUGGAGCCUGGACCAACGUUGACUGCGAUGUCACCCCCCUCAAUCGUCGGACCUGGUCGGCAUGGACCAUGUUUGGAUACUGGUUCAGUGAUGCACUCAACGCCCAAAGCUGGAUGGCACCCGCUUCCAUCAUCGCUCUCGGGCUCACCUGGCGUGAGGCCAUUGUUUGCAUCAUCUUUGGCAGUCUCGUCUGCACUGUUCCCCUGGUGUUGAAUGGCAUGGUCGGUGCUCGGCUUCAUAUCCCCUUUCCCGUCGCCAUGAGAGCCUCGUUUGGCUGGUACUUCUCUCGAUUUGCAGUAGUGACGAGGGCUAUCACGGCCUUGUUCUGGCAUGCUAUUCAGACUUACACCGGAUCGACUGCCAUGACACAGAUCAUCCGAUCCAUUUGGCCAUCCUAUCUCGAUAUUCCCAACAACAUUCCAGAUAGUGUUGGAAUCACCACGCAGGGAAUGAUAUCGCACUUGAUCUUCUGGCUAGUGCAGUUUCCUAUCCUGCUCAUCCCGCCGCACAAGCUCAAGUGGUUCUUUGUAGCCAAGUGUGUGCUUGUCAUCACUACCUCGGUUGCCGUGGUCAUCACAAUGACGUCCAAGGCUGGUGGUGCAGGGGAUAUCUGGAACCUUCCGUAUGGUGUUCAUGGCACGGAUAGAUCAUGGCUGAUCUUGUCUUCUCUGUCCUCCAUCACCGGCGGCUGGGCAACAAUGGCGACCAACAUACCCGACUUCACACGGUAUCUCAAAUCAGACAAGGGUGUCUACUGGCAAGUUGCCUUUUUGCCAGGCAUCCAGCUCAUGCUGGGACUCUUCGGCAUCAUCUGCUGCUCUGCUUCCAAGGUUGUUUAUGGAAAGUACAUGUGGGAUCCUCUCGAAAUUGCUUCUCACUGGGACGGCCCCUCUGGUCGGGCUGGCGCCUUCUUUGUAGGGCUCUGCUGGGUAGUAGCCCAGAUUGGUACCAAUCUUUCUGCCAAUGUCAUCAGCUGUGCCAACGACAUCAUGUGUCUUUGGCCCAAGUACCUCAACAUCAGACGUGGAGUUAUUAUCACGACAGUAAUUGCGGGCUGGGUCAUGCAACCUUGGAAGAUUAUCCACUCUGCUCAGUCUCUCCUCGCAUUCAUGGCGGGAUUGGGGAUUUUCCUGGCACCGAUUGCAGCAAUGCUCAGCGCAGACUACUGGGUUGUACAAAAGCAAAUGUAUGACAUUCCGGGCCUAUACCGAGCACAUGGAAGGUACCGGUUCAACAAAUGGGGUACGAACUGGAGGGCAGCGGUGGCAUUCUUGAUCAGUGUCGUGCCCAGCAUCCCUGGGAUGGCUGCCUCUGUUGACCCGUCGAUCAAAGGCACGAUUGGGGACGCCGAUAAGCUUUAUUUCAUGUUUUAUUUCUGGGGAUACACAAGUGCGUUUUUGGUAUAUAUUGGCCUGAGUUAUUUUUUUCCUGCUCCAGAGACACAUAUUGCCGCAACGAUUUAUGAAGAUUCGGACAUCAUCUCAGCCGCGGAGGGUUUUGACAAGGGCGAUUCCGAGCUCGGGGAUGAGAAAAAGAUGGGUGAGAAAGAGGUUCAUUCCCAACGACGAGUCCCCUCAACCAGGGAGGUCAUCCCGGGCGCGCCGGUCAAUAUCGUGCUCAAAGUUGACCAGCCCACAGGUCGCACCGUGUCUGGACUUGUCAAGGAUGUGCUGACCAAAGGGGAACAUCAUCGCGGCAUCAAGGUCAGGCUUGUUGACGGUCGCGUCGGGAGAGUACAGAGCAUGGCAUCUUCACCAACAUCAUCAACCGCUGGCGCUGGCGGCGAUGACGCGCUACCAGACCAGGGAGCUCCAACAACCGAGUUUGACAUCAGAGAGAGAGGUGGACGUAGGGGGAGGGGAAGAUAUCAUACUGGGCCGACAGAUUGGCGGGAAGAGGAAAGACCCUCGGAACAGGUUGGACUGGAUGCUUACAUCAAGCCCGCCAAACCAAAGCGUGGAGGAAAAAGAAGCGAGUCAGCGACAGCAACUGCGGACACUGCACAGUCAUUCGACGAAUUCUCUGUGGCGGGGCAGCAGACAUCCACUUGUCCUGUUUGCAACGACUUCAAUGGAGAUGCAACAGCCAUUGCGCACCAUGUGGCUAGCCAUUUCGAUGAUUAA